AUGGACCAGAUCACUAUGGACCACAUCACAAUGGACCGCAUCACUAUGGACCACUAUGGACCACAUCACUAUGGACCACAUCGCUAUGGACCACUAUGGACCACAUCACUAUGGACCGCAUCGCUAUGGACCACAUCACUAUGGACCACUAUGGACCACAUCACUAUGGACCACAUCGCUAUGGACCACAUCGCUAUGGACCGCAUCACUAUGGACCACAUCACUAUGGACCACAUCACUAUGGACCACUAUGGACCACAUCACUAUGGACCACAUCGCUAUGGACCGCAUCACUAUGGACCGCAUCACUAUGGACCACAUCACUAUGGACCACUAUGGACCGCAUCACUAUGGACCGCAUCACUAUGGACCGCAUCACUAUGGACCACAUCACUAUGGACCACAUCACUAUGGACCACAUCACUAUGGACCACAUCACUAUGGACCGCAUCGCUAUGGACCGCAUCACUAUGGACCGCAUCACUAUGGACCACAUCACUAUGGACCACUAUGGACCGCAUCACUAUGGACCACAUCACUAUGGACCACAUCACUAUGGACCACAGCACUAUGGACCGCAUCACUAUGGACCACAUCACUAUGGACCACAUCACUAUGGACCACAUCACUAUGGACCACAUCACAAUGGACCACAUCACUAUGGACCACAUCACUAUGGACCACAUCACUAUGGACCACAUCACUAUGGACCACAUCACAAUGGACCACAUCACUAUGUACCACAUCACUAUGUACCACAUCACUAUGGACCACUAUGGACCACAUCACUAUGGACCACUAUGGACCACAUUACUAUGGACCACUAUGGACCACAUUACUAUGGACCGCAUCACUAUGGACCACAUCACUAUGGACCACAUCACUAUGGACCACUAUGGACCACAUUACUAUGGACCACAUCACUAUGGACCACUAUGGACCACAUCACUAUGGACCACAUUACUAUGGACCACAUUACUAUGGACCACAUCACUAUGGACCACUAUGGACCACAUCACUAUGGACCACAUCACUAUGGACCGCAUCACUAUGGACCACAUCACUAUGGGCCGCAUCACUAUGGACCACAUUACUAUGGACCACAUUACUAUGGACCACAUCACUAUGGACCGCAUCACUAUGGGCCGCAUCACUAUGGACCACUAUGGACCACAUCACUAUGGACCACAAUGGACCACAUUACUAUGGACCACAUCACUAUGGACCGCAUCACUAUGGACCGCAUCACUAUGGGCCGAAUCACUAUGGACCACAUCACUAUGGACCACUAUGGACCACAUUACUAUGGACCACAUUACUAUUGACCACAUCACUAUGGACCACAUCACUAUGGACCACAUCACUAUGGACCACAUCACAAUGGACCACAUCACUAUGGACCGCAUCACUAUGGGCCGAAUCACUAUGGACCACAUCACUAUGGACCACUAUGGACCACAUCACUAUGGACCACAUUACUAUUGA